GAGAAGCUUAUUAUCCCAAUUUAUUUAUAAAGAAAGUAAAACGAGCGGAAUGAAAUUAAAUUAAAAAAAAAGUUAAAAACAAAUAAAAAUUUCGGGACACUUUUGCUAUUAUUAUUCAGAAUAUUGGGGUUUAAUUUGAAAUACCCAAAAGUACAGGGAGCCUUUUGCAAUUUUUCCAAAGUCUCUGUCGACUUCUCACACCUGACCUGACCUGUUGACAAGCAUUUCUACUCUUCGAAGCAGCUCAGCUCGUCAUCAAGAAUCACGCAAAAAAAAAAUCUCACAGACAAUUCGCCAAACAUCUUGCGGCCAUGAAUCUAUACGGACUCGAUAGCUCGCUCUUCGAAUUUGGCUUCAACGACCCAUCUCUCAUCGAGUCGAUUUCGAGCUCCCACUCGAUGAUCACCGAUAGAAGAUACAUAGAGAGAGAGGAAGAUAAUUUACUCAAACUUUCGAAUUCAAUCUUGAAAAAUAUCAAGAGGGCUAGCAGUCCGCCAAAGCACCGUCACGACGGCACUUCGCCGCUGCCUCUCGGAAUGGAUUGGAGCCCUCCUCCUCGCAAUUGGGGUGGGGUGAACACAAUAUGGCCUCAUGAUUUCCAUACAGGAUGGAGUUAUUGUGUCACAGUUCCUUCAUGGAGCAUGUUAGCUGAAUCAAGAGGCUCUGAACUUGUAGUGUUUUACAGGGUUCAAGUUGGUUUGCAGUCGCCCGAAGGAGCUACCUCCACACGUGGAGUGUUGAGGAGAUUUAGUGAUUUCUUAAAGCUGUCAUCUGAUCUGAAGCAGUCCUUCCGCAAUAAAAAGUUUCCCCCUGCCCCUCCAAAGGGGCUUCUGAGAAUGAAGAACAGAACACUUUUGGAGGAACGUAGGUGUUUUUUGGAAGAAUGGAUGUCACAGGUACUCUCAGAUAUUGAUGUCUCAAGAAGUGUUCCCGUAGCAUGCUUUCUUGAAUUAGAAGCAGCUGCCAGGUCAUCAUUCCGGGAGUCAAGUCAUGAUGAGGUAGGUUUGAGUUGCAAAAGCAGCAGUUCAUCAGAUCCAAUUUCAAGCCAGAAUGACAUUUCUGUGGCUCCUGGCACUUCAGCAUGGGCAUCAAACAGUGGAAGCGGGUCUACUAGUGAAACAUCUGAAUCUCGAUCAGAUCUGUAUGUGAAGGAUAACUACUCUGAAUCUGAUGAGGGAAAUCCAGUCCUUGAAAACAAUUCUGUGAGUCCUGUAGAAGCUACCGUAAAUGAGGCCUUCUCUGAAAAUAAUAAUGCUACCCUCUCCAAAGAGUUUGGUGAAGGGAAGGAAGAAAAAAAUGUGCAUAAGCCAUUUAAUGGAAGAAUUAACUUGGAUAAAAUUCACACAUGUCUCUCAUCUACUCUGUCACACCAUCAUGAUAGUGUUGAAAAUCGCCCUGACCAAGAAAACUUAGCAACAGUUAGCCAUCCUAAAGGUUUGUCAAGAGAAAUCCCCCAGGGAUGCACAACUUCUGCGGCAGCAAAUGAAAAUUCUACUUCAUGGGACGUUCACCAAGACAAUGGUAAAUCAUCUAAAUUCUCUGGAAGUGUUGAAACUUCAGCAGCCAUAGACACACUUGACAUCUCAGAUAUGCAAGUUAAACCUGAUACACUGGUGGUUCUUCCAUUAGAUGAGCAGCAGAAGGUGAGCAGGCUUCUGACUAACAUGCAACAACGGUUAGUCACAUCAAAAACUGAUAUAGAUGAUCUUAUAGCAAGAUUAAAUCAAGAGGUUGCUGUAAGACUGUAUCUUACCACUAAGGUCAAAGAUUUGGAAACUGAACUUGAAUCUUCAAAGCAGAUUGGCAAAGAAAAUCUCGAGCAGGCACUUUCUAUUGAGAGGGAAAGAUUUACGCAGCUACAGUGGGAUAUGCAGGAAUUGAGAAGAGAGGGCAUGGAGAUGGAGUUAAGGAUGAAAGCAGAGCAGGAUGAAAAGGUUCAUAUUGAAGAGGAAAAAGCUUCAAUCAUUAAAGAGAAGGAAGCAUUGCGGUUAGAGUUGGAUUCUGCUAGAGAGCAGCUAAAAAAUCUGCAGAAAUUUAACGAAGAGGCAGACUUAAAAUCAAAAUCAGAUGUUAAACUUCUUGUGAAGGAGGUUAAAUCACUUCGAACUUCUCAAUCAGAACUGAAGCAGGAGUGCGACAGAGUGUCAAAUGAGAGGAUAGAAUUGAAGACAAGCCUACAAAAGGAAAGGGCGAAAAGGGAUUGUAUUGAUGCUGCCAACAGAAAGUUGCUGCAUGAAUGUGAAAUUCUUCGUAGUCGGCUCAAAGAAUGCGGGGCUAAGUUUCUGGUUGAGCAAGAAUAUAAGUUAAAGAUGGAGUCGCCACCUGAUGCUAUGGAUGUACUAGCAACUUCUGAAAACCGUAUUAGUCUUCUUCUGGCAGAGGCACAACUCCUUGCACAAGAAGUUGCCACUCCAGUAUCGAGUGACCUGAUGACGAUAGAUGAUGAAUUGAGGAAGAUGCUGACAGAUGUUUUUAUCGACAACGCCAUUUUGAGGAAACAGGCAAAUUCCAUUAUACACUGCGCUUUAGAUGCAACUCAUACAUCUCCCAAAGAGGAUGAUGCGCCUUCCAGAACAACUGUAAUCAGCAAAUUUUUCGAUUUAUGAUGUAAUUAAGACUGUUUCUGUCCAUAGCGAAAGCAGAUUGCAGAUCCAUAUGCAUAUAAUGCUGAGAUAUCUUAAGUAAGAGUUGAUUCUCUCUACUACUGUAAAUGGAAGAUAAUGCGUUUGUGCCUUCAAGAUGCUCCGCAGAAAUUCAUUAAAUAAUGUAUUUGUUGCCCAUUUGUAGUUCAUACAUUUGGUGGGAAAUUACACUUUAAUACCCAAAUUAUUGAUAGUUUCAUCAUUA